GAAAAAAGACAGGACGUGAAAUACUUCCAUUUGCAUCUGCGCUGCAUGUCCCAUGAACUGCAGGGAACAACACAACUUUCUUUACAGAAAGAAGAAAACCCAUCUAGACGCUCCUUAAAGAGCCCGUUUACCGCUGCAGGAAGAAUUCCAUCUCCCCACGAGCUCUGCAGGGAAACCUGGAAGAAGCGGUGAAAAUGUCUGAAUCAAGGACGGAUGAAACUAUCCGGCUCUCCCAGGAGCUCUCAGCGGGAGAGAAGGAAGCCACUGGGACCAGAAAGGGGAAAGUCCUGAAGUGUCUCCAGAGCCAAGGAGUUGCCUGUGAUGAGAAGACCAUGCCCAAUAUCGCCGUGCUAGGAUCGGGUGGGGGUCUGCGGGCCAUGAUCGCCCUUCUGGGAACUUUGGUGGAGAUGAAGAAACAGCGCCUGCUGGAUGCUGCCAUGUACCUGUGCGGGGUGUCAGGUUCCACCUGGUGCAUGUCCACCCUCUACCACGAGAAGGAUUGGGCAGAGAAAAUAGAGGACUUGGAAAGACGCCUGCGUGACCAACUUUCUGAGACUUCCUGUGAUAUUAUAGAAGAGUUUAAUUUGGUGAUACAGGCAGCUGAAGAUGAACUCUUUUCUCUGACCGAUGUCUGGGAUGCUUUCUUUGUCUAUAGUGUAUUGAAACUGCAUGAUUGGACCAAGUUAUCUGAACAAACGGAUGCCUCCAAAAAAGGGACUAAUCCGUACCCCAUCUAUGCAGCAAUAGAAUAUAGCAAAUUGAGUAAAGAAGGUAAAACAAAUCCAGGGACCUGGUUUGAAUUCACCCCCCAUGAGUCUGGUUUCCCUGGCCUUGGGGCAUUCGUGAGCACUAAAGCCUUGGGAAGCAAAUUCCAGGGUGGGACUUCGACAGAACAGAGGGAAGAGAGACACAUUGGCUACUUGCAAGGUCUCUGGGGAAGUGCCCCUGGCAGCAUGAAGGAAAACAUACGUUUUUUAAUAGAUCUUAUUAAGGAAAAAUUCAAAAGACUGAGAAGAGAACGGCGAUAUGCACAUUUUGCAGCAGCUAUUCACUGUUCUUCUGACCAUUGCCGGAGGACUGGCCUCUUCCUGGAGCUUUACAUGCAAGGCUCAGCUGGGAAAGACUGUGAGGAAGUCUUCAGGAAACUAAAGGAAGUGCUGCAAGGUGAGAAAAGCAAGAUUUCCUUCCUGAAGUGCAGUGAGGUGCAUGUGGCCUGGAGUUCAAAGACAUGGGAAGAAAGAAAGGCAGCGUUCGCUGAACUCAUCAUGGUUUUUAAAACUGAACUUCAAGCUAUUCACUGCUGUUGUGGCCACUGCUUGGGUAUCAUCCUCUUCCUGGAGCUUCACAUGCAAGGCUCAGCCGGGAAAGAAUGUGAGGCCGUCUUCAGGAAGCUAAUGGAAAUCCAGAGAGAAGAAGAUAUCAGAAAUUCAUACCUGAGGAGCUGUGACAUGGCUUUGUUCCCUUACUGGAAGAUCGUGGCAGAAGGAUUUUGGGAGAUAGCCAAAUUCAUCUGGGAAUGUGAACGGGAAGCUGCAGGUUUCGCAUGGAGCGUGGCGAAGCUCUUGUGGAAAAUGGCAGUCUGCCUCUGCACCUGGACGUGGGGCAGCACCCACAACUUUCUGUACCAAAGCGGUGUGGCCCAAGCCACUUGCUUGACCAACAAAGAAUUAAUCUACUUGAUCGACGCCGGCCUUGCUAUCAAUUCCGCCUACCCCCUGGUGCUGCGCUCAGCGAGGAACGUGAAACUGAUCCUCUCCUUCGACUUCAGCUCGGGAGAUCCUUUCGAGACCAUCAGGAGCACGUCCGAGUAUUGUCAGACAAAUCAGAUCCCAUUUCCCCUGGUAGAUCCCCAGGUGAUUAAGGACAAAGACAAGCCCUCCGGUUGCUACAUCUUCAAGGGAAAGGAUACGCCCACCGUCAUGCACUUCCCGCUCUUCAACAUGGAAAACUGUCCCGAAGCAAACGAGAUACAGCUGUUCAGAAGCAAGUUUGCCACCAUAAACAUGUCUUACACAAAGAAAGAUAUCGAAGAACUACUCACCAAAGCAAAGAAGAACGUAUCCAACAACCAGGAGAAGAUACUGAAGGAAAUCAAUGAGAUUGUGUCCUCGCUUGCCCCCAAAUAAUUUUAAAACCUCGUCUCUUUUUGUUCUAGAUAGAUAGAUAGAUAGA